AGAGAGAACCGCAAAGUACGCAGCUGCUGGCGCCUGGGCAGCCCUGUGCCCAUCCCCUCCCAUCAGCCCAGCCUCCUUUCCCACAAGGUUGCAGGGGAGCAUCACGGGCUGAGCAAUAUGGAAGAAGACAUUGGAGCAGGACGCUGAACAGAGACCGCAGACUCUGCUGCACCUUCGGCCAUUGGCCCAAAGCAUCGCCAAAGAGAGGAGGACACCGGAGGGCUUCUCGGCAUCAUCCUUGCUGCCUGAGCUGUUCCAGUUGGAGUUGCCGUUGGCUCCACCACCAAGCCCUGUGGCUCUAUUGCUAUGUCCCUGCCUGGAAGCAGAAGACCCUCCACGGGAUCCCGAAGCCACGAGUUUUACGACAGGAGUGGCUUUGCCUCGUUCUUUAAGUCUGCCACGGCCCCUGCCACUCCCACCGAGAAACAGCCUCUUCUUCCUGCCUCCAGGCGUCCCUCCCCACCUGUCAGCAUGCGGGACACCUACGGCACCUCCUCGCUCAGCAGCAGCAGCAACUCCGGCUCCUGCAAGGGCAGCGACAGCAGCCCCACCCCAAGGCGGCCCGUCAAGUACCUUUUGUGCAGCGACAACCAUGGCAUCAAGCCCCCGACCCCCGAGCAAUACCUCACCCCACUCCAGCAAAAGGAGGUCUGCAUCCGGCACCUGCGGGCCAGGCUGAAGGACACCCACGAGCGGCUGCAGGACAGGGAUUCUGAAAUCGACGACCUGAAGACCCAACUCUCCAGGAUGCAGGAGGACUGGAUCGAGGAGGAAUGCCAUCGGGUGGAGGCCCAGCUGGCUCUGAAAGAAGCCCGGAAGGAGAUCAAGCAGCUCAAGCAAGUCAUUGACACGGUCAAGAACAACCUGAUCGAGAAGGACAAGGGCCUCCAGAAGUACUUUGUGGAUAUCAACAUCCAAAACAAGAAGCUGGAGACCUUGCUGCAGACCAUGGAGGUGGCCCAAGACGGGAAAGAGGAAGGGGCGGCAGAGUCGGCAGGCGGAUCUCCAGCCCGAUCCUUGACCCGCAGCUCAACUUACACCAAGUUGAGUGACCAAGGGGCUGCCGACCGGAACAUCGGUGGCUCCCAGACCAUCUCGGUGGAUGAUCCAGCAGAUAGUGGUUUCGCCGCGGCAGACGACACCUUGAGCCGGACGGAUUUCUUGGAUCAGAGCAGCCUCAUCUCCUCUGGUGUGGAUUGUGGCACCGAUGAACUCUCCCUCCAGACCAACUCUACUUUGGGCUCCCGAGUCCCGACCAGCUCCACGUACGAGAAACUGAUGGGGUCCCAGCAGAGCGUGGAGGCCGCCGUUCAAGCCAGCUGCAUGCAGGAGCAAGCCAUCCAGACGGACUUUGUACCUUACCAGCCAGAUCUCGACACCAUUGUGGAAAAGGUUAAGAAAUCCCAAGCCUGUGCCAUGGCCAAUACAACCAUGGCACGGGACUCUGAAAUAGAGGAUGCUACAGAGGCAAAGAGCGCCGAGGUUCAUUCCCAAACGCUCCCAGAGAUGAGGGACUUUGCAACGGAUAACCCCAGCUCAGAUAUUAUCAUCAACGCUGGGGAAGAAGGUGAUAAUCCUGAUGGGCAAUCAGUGUCCAAAGCAUGUGGCAGUCCUGCGGCGCAGCAACCAGAGAGCCAUUCGGUGAGCAUCGACUGUGCUCCGGAAGAGGAGACUUCGGAGGCCGCCCCAGAGGCAUCCGCAGCAGCAUCCACCGUGGAGCCCAGAACGUAUUGGAGCCGCCACUUCAUCGUGGAUCUCUUGGCCGUGGUGGUCCCAGCGGUGCCGACAGUGGCCUGGCUGUGCCGUUCCCAAAGGAGGCAGGGUCAACCCAUCUACAACAUAAGCUCCCUGCUCCGGGGCUGUUGCACCGUAGCUUUGCACUCCAUCCGCAAGAUCAGUUGCCGCUCCGUAGCCGCCCCCAGCAGCUCCUGCCCUCAGCCGUGAUCCCAGUUGCCAUCCAGUCCAAAGGUCACAUCGCACGCACAGGCGCUGAUCUAUGCGGGAAGGGAAACAGUUCAGAUUGAGCUGACCGCUGAUUGUAAAUUCCAUCCACGCACUUGAAACGUUUUUUUAAAAAUAUCUUUAUUUGGGGGCAACUUGAGGAGAGUUCUGUCCUGCUGCAACUUCAUUUAUGCAAAAGACUUAGGAGGAAACAUGGCUGCCGUUUCUAGAUCUGUUUUCUAGACGUCCGUAAUGGAAGAGAGUGGUUUUCUCCAUUGUGCCGAAGGAUGUUUACCUUCCAGUUGGUACGGCUUCUGGGAACUGACUUUUCACUUGAGGAGAGUUACCGUCAUUCUAUUUUCCUUGAAAUGCUGGAUGAGCCAAACUUUCUCUCCUUUUAACUCUUGACAUUUUGAGCCACGCUUUCUGCAUCCUUAGCCCAAAUCUUUCCCUUUUCUCAGCAGCUGGCCCUAAGAUGGUGUCCAUACUGCACAGAAAUACCACUUCAAUACCACUUUAACUGCCAUGGUUCCAUACCUGAUAACUCUGACCUUCAACUACUUAGAAAUCUGGGUUGUUGUAGGUUUUUUCAGGCUAUAUGGCCAUGUUCUGGAGGCAUUCUCUCCUGACGUUUCGCCUACAUCUAUGGCAAGCAUCCUCAGAGGUAGUGAGGUCUGUUGGAACUAGGAAAAAGGGUUUAU